GCCCCCGGCCGCAGCCCUAGCGCCCGCUCCUCCGCCCGGGCGGCCCGGCUGCGGUGACGGGCGCUCCUGCAGGGGUGGGGGCCAUGAAGCCGAGUGCGGCCGGGACGGCGAGGGAGCUGGAGCCGCAGGCGCCGGCCCGGGGCGAGCCGCGCGCGGCGGAGCCCGAGGGGCGCUGGCGGGAGAAGGGCGAGGCGGACACGGAGCGGCAGCGCACCCGGGAGCGGCAGGAGGCCACGCUGGCCGGGCUGGCGGAGCUGGAGUACCUGCGCCAGCGCCAGGAGCUGCUGGUCCGGGGUGCCCUGCGUGGCGCCGGGGGCGCGGGGAGCGCUGCGCCCCGCGCUGGGGAGCUGCCGGGGGAGGCGGCGCAGCGCAGCCGCCUGGAGGAGAAGUUCUUGGAAGAGAAUAUCUUGCUGCUGCGGAAGCAGUUGAAUUGUUUGAGGAGAAGAGAUGCUGGUUUGUUGAAUCAGUUGCAAGAACUUGACAAGCAGAUAAGUGACCUGAGACUGGAUGUAGAAAAGACAUCUGAAGAGCACCUGGAGACAGACAGUCGGCCCAGCUCAGGGUUUUAUGAGCUGAGUGAUGGGGCUUCAGGAUCCCUUUCCAAUUCCUCUAACUCGGUCUUCAGUGAGUGUUUAUCCAGUUGUCAUUCCAGCACCUGCUUUUGCAGCCCCUUGGAGGCAACCUUGACUAUCUCAGAUAGUUGCCCCAAAUCUGCAGAUCUCAUAGGACGGUUGGAAUACAAAGAAGGCCGCUGCGAAGACCAGGCCUCAGGGGCGGUUUGCCGUUCCCCCUCUACAUCACAAUUUAAUUCCCUUGGUGUCAUUGCAGAUGUGCAUCCCAAGUACCAGUGUGAUCUGGUGUCUAAAAACGGGAACGAUGUGUAUCGCUAUCCCAGUCCGCUUCACGCCGUGGCCGUGCAGAGCCCCAUGUUUCUCCUUUGCCUGACGGGCAACCCUCUGAGGGAAGAGGAGAGGCUUGGUAACCAUGCCGGUGACAUCUGUGAUGGAUCUGAGCCGGACGCCAUCAAGACAGCCACUUCCUUACCAUCUCCAAGCAGUUUGUGGUCUGCUCCCCAUCCUUCGUCCAGUAAGAAAAUGGACGGCUACAUUCUGAGCCUGGUCCAGAAAAAAACACACCCCGUAAGGACCAACAAACCAAGAACCAGUGUGAACGCUGACCCCACGAAGGGGCUUCUGAGGAAUGGGAGCGUUUGUGUCAGAGUGACCGGGGGCGUCUUACAGGGCAACAGCGGGAACCUUAAGAAUCCCAAACAGGUUCUUUUGCCCCCUGGCGGAGGCCCUUCUUUGGACAGUGGGACGUUCUCCCCGCCGAAGCAGUGGUCCAAAGACUCAAAGGCAGAACCACUGGAAAGCAAGAGGUUGUCCCCGCCGGAGGGCGCUGCCACUGAACUUCCAAGUAAGCAUCUGCCCAAGAAUGCCAAGCCAGCUUCGCAGGAACACGCUCGGGGGCCCGCCGCUGUGACGGGGGACUCCCCCAGAGACAGCAUUCAGGUCCUCGCUGCCUCUCCGAAGGAGAGCCCUGGGAGGGGCCCGGCCCCGCAGCAGGAGAACAAAGCUGGGCAGCCGCUGAAAAAGGUGUCCCAGAAAGGCGGCCUGCCGCCCGCCCCUCCGGCAGCGCCCCCUGUCGCCCCCGCGGCGCUGCUGGCCGCGGCUUUCGCGGUGGAGGAGCGGCCCGCGCUGGAUUUCAAGAGCGAGGGCUCCUCUUCGCAGAGCCUGGAGGAAGCGCCCCCCGUGAAGGCGCAGUCGGGCCCGGGCCCGCAGCCCGGCGGCCGGCCCCAUCGCGGCGCCCGGACGGCGGCCGGGCCGCGGGGCUGCGGCCCGAAGCACCGGGCCCAGGCCCUCCACGGGCCGGACGGCGCGCUGCCCGCCGUGAGGGAGAAGAGCCGCGCGGCCGGCAAGAAGUGCCGGUUCCCCGACGACGUGGAUACAAAUAAGAAGCUCAGGAAGGCCUCGUCGCGGGGCAGGAAGGGCGGGGGCGGCCAGCCCGAGGCGGGCCUCCCCAGCCGGCCGCUGGCUGGGGGCCACAGGGCGGGGGCGGCCAGGGCGCACGGCCACGGCCGGGAGGCGCUGGUGGCCAAGCCCAAGCACAAGCGAACCGACUCGCGGCGCUGGCGCUCGGCCGCGGAGGUGUCCCUGGAAGAGGCCCUGCGGCGGUCGCGGCGCGGCCGGCGCGAGCACGUGGGGCUGUACCCCGCCGCCGUGCCGCUGCCCUACGCCAGCCCCUACGCUUACGUGGCCAGCGACUCGGAGUACUCGGCCGAGUGCGAGUCGCUCUUCCACUCCACCGUGCUGGACACGAGCGAGGACGAGCGCAGCAACUACACCACCAACUGCUUCGGGGACAGCGAGUCCAGCGUGAGCGAGGGGGAGUUCGCGGGCGACAGCACCAGCUCCAGUGACUCCGAGGAGAGCGGGGGCCUCAUCUGGUCCCAGUUCGUGCAGACUCUCCCCAUCCAGGCGGUCGCAGGCCCAGACCUCCACGGCAACCCCACGAAAACCUUUGUCAAAAUCAAGGCUUCCCAUAACCUCAAGAAGAAGAUCCUCCGCUUUCGGUCCGGCUCCCUGAAACUGAUGACGACCGUUUGAGGGACAUCAUUG